UGCAGGAAAACUUGUGAUGGAGAGGCACCCAAAAAUCUUUUGGUCUCCAUGUGCGGCCCAUUGCCUUGACCUCAUGCUGGAGGAUAUAGGUAAGCUUGGAUGGGUGAAAGAAUGCGUUGAAAGGGCCAAGAAUAUAUGCAAAUUUAUUUACAAUCAUGCAUUGGUCCUUAGCAUUAUGAGGCAAUACACGGGGGAAAGGGAGUUGGCUCGUCCUGGUAUAACGAGAUUUGCCUCAAAUUUCCUCACAUUGAAAUCCUUGUUAAAAUCAAAGGCAUCUUUGAGGCGCAUGUUUGUUGGUGAGGAGUGGACUUCCUCAUCCUAUGCUACGACCACUGCAGGGAUGGAUGUAGUAGAUUGCAUUUUUGAUGAGCCAGGUUUUUGGAUCCCUUGUGCAGAGAUCGUGCAGGUCACUGAGCCCCUAGUAGUUCUCCUACGAGUUGUUGAUGGGGAGAAGCCCACUGUGGGCUACAUAUAUGAGGGCAUGGAUAGGGCCAAGGAGGCCAUUAGAUCCAUAUAUGUUGGAGUUGAGGAUAAGUAUAGGCCCAUUUGGGACAUAAUUGAUAGAAGAUGGCAUAACCAACUUCAUAGGCCCAUCCAUGCAGCAGCUUAUUACCUCAAUCCAUCAUUUCGUUUCCGUGCUGAUUUCAAAGCGGAUGAGGAGGUUCUUAGCGGGCUAUAUUCAGUAGUACAACGGAUGGUCACUGAUACCACAGCUACACUUCUUGAGAUGGAUGCAUUUAAUAAUGCAUCAGGGGCAAUCUUUGCCAGCCAAUUGUGCAAAGAGGGUCGGACAAAAUUGCAGCCAGGUAGAAAAUUCUAAAGUUUAUGACAUGCAUUUUAAUUUUUCAUUUUAUAAUCUACCUUUAAAGUUGGAAAUGAGA